AUGACAGACAUACCAUCUACCACAACUGUAAUAACAGAUAUACCAUCUACCAUAAAUGUAACAACAAACACAAUAUCUACGACAGAUGUAACAACGGUUACGACAGAUGUAAUAACAGACACACGCCUUACUAGAGGUGUAACAACUGACACACCUCUUACUACAGAUGUAACAAACGUUCGAUCUACGAUAGAUGUAAUAACAGACAUAACAUCUACGACAGAUGUAACAACACAGAUGCCAUCUACGAACAUAACAACGGACAUAUCUCCUACUACAGAUAUAACAGAUAUACCAUCUACGACAUCUGCAAUAAUAGACAUAUCAUCUACAACAGAUGCCAAAAUGGACAUACCCUCUACAGAUACCACAAAUGUAAUAACAGAUAUACCAUCUACCACAAAUGUAACAACAAACACAAUAUCUACAACAGAUAUCCGGUAG